UUAUUACGAAUUAAAUUCAUACACAAAAUUAAAAAGAUCAAUAUUUUCUAUUAGAGUUAAAGACUGUGCAGUAGUUGGUACUCUGUUAGACUAAUUUACAUAGUUUAUGCAGAAGUAGCUGAUUUGUUAACAACGUUAACUUGUAGCAGAUAGAUAUGUAAAUUAUAUUUACAUGUUUGAGGGAAAACACACACGCACACUGAAUUACAGACAGAAAAUGUUUAAACACAAUGUGUUCUUUCUAAUCCAGUUCCAUUAUAAUCGUAACGUUAAUCUUAAAGCUUGGUUUAACAGACACAAGCCAGUAUUGACUAUGACCGUGUGGGGAGUUCGAGACUGCAGCGCUGAUCAUUGUGCCUCACACUUUCAAACUCGUCAUUUCACAACACUGAGGCGAGGAAACGAGCCAGCGCUAUCAACACUGCUGCCCCGAGGGCUCUUCCUACUCAAGUCCUGAGAGCCACAGAGGAAUCUUGGGAAUACCACGGCAAAAUGAAGAACACUAUUGAUUCGAAAACAUUUCCUAGGUUUUCUUUUUUAUCGUUUGUAUCUCGAUAAACUCGCUGACGGAUCAUACCUUCAUUUCCAGAUCGCGACACCGAUGAAAAUAACAUCAGACACCGCAAGUAGAUUAGCAGCGUUUAGAUAAAAACCUAUCUCGCUUUUACGAUUAUCGGAACAUGGGACAUCAUGCAGGGACGACAGCAGUGCUUAACCUUUAGUUUUACAACGAUGUGUAGACUUAAAUAAGAAUUUCGGAUUACUGAUACAAAGCACGCUUGCACGCCUCAGUCCGGAUUCGACCCGCAAGCUUCAUCCCGGUUCCGCAAAGAAAUUCAACCCUAAAGUGUUGAAGAGCUCCAUGCAUUCAAAAAGGGAGAGGAGAGGAGCGCUGUCCCGUGCUGGAUGGAUGGUUAUGGGGAAAGGAGCAGGACCAUCGGCGCUACAAGUCUGCCAGUUCGUUGUUCUGUUUCUCUGUCUGUUUCCAGCAGCAACUCUGCAGUGUAAGAUCCUCAAGUGUAACUCCGAGUUCUGGGCCUCAACCUCCAGCUCUGGCCCAGAAGAGGAGUUCUGCACCGCUCUGCGAGCAUAUAACAACUGUGUCCGUCGCACUGCCCGUACGUGCCGGGGUGACCUAGCAUACCAUUCUGCCCAACAUGGUAUAGAGGAUCUUAUGAGCCAACACAACUGCUCCAAAGAAGGGCCCACUACCCAACCUCGUGCCCGCACACCUCCGCCCCCUGUCCAGCCACCACCGGACAUCAACGUUCCCUCCGACAAGCCAGAGCUGUGUCAUUAUGAGCGGAGUUUACCACGUAAUGCUGCGCCUCCCAAUUACACUCACUGCGGCUUUUUUGGGGACCCACAUCUUCGCACAUUCAACGACGACUUUCAAACCUGUAAAGUUGAGGGAGCCUGGCCACUGAUUCACAAUAAGUACCUAUCUGUACAGGUUACGAACACUCCUGUUGUGCCUGGAUCCUCUGCUACGGCUACUAGCAAGCUAACAAUCAUCUUCAAGAACUUCCAAGAAUGUGUAGACCAGAAGAUGUACCAUGCAGAGACAGACGAGCUUCCAGCGGCAUUUGCUGAUGGUUCAAAGAACGGAGGUGACCGGCAUGGGGCCAACACCCUACGCAUAGUAGAGAAGGUGCCUGGACAGCACGUGGAGAUCCAGGCCCGUUAUAUCGGGACCACUAUUGUAGUUCGGCAGGUUGGCCGCUAUCUCACGUUUGCUGUGCGUAUGCCCGAGGAGGUUGUGAAUUCGGUGGAGGACCAGGACAACCAGGAUUUGUACCUCUGCCUGCACGGUUGCCCUGCCAAUCAGCGAAUAGACUUCAGGACCUUCAGAGCACGGGCGGCAGAGAGCCAAGCCUUAGGCAGGGGACGGCCAGGCGCUCCUACCCAUGGCUUCACAUUCCAGUCAGCCAUGGCCAAGUGCAAAGAACGCCUACCGGUUGAGGAUUUGUAUUUCCAGUCCUGUGUUUUUGACCUGCUAUCCUCGGGAGACAUCAACUUCACCUUGGCGGCCUACUAUGCCUUUGAGGAUGUUAAAAUGCUCCACUCCAAUAAAGACAAGUAUCACCUUUUUGAAAAGGAUACGAUAUUCAACUCUGCCUCGGAAAAAUGGUGUUUUAGUGUCCUAAUCUUCAUCAGCCUAGUUGUCGUACAGUUAUGGACUGACUUGUGUUCCAUUCGUCUGUAGUCCCCUCGUCUGUUGGACAUCCUUGUUAGAUGGUUGUAAGAUGCUGUAUGCAUGUGAAAUGCUGCUCUCACCAUGUUGUGUUCCAUCUACCAGAGGCUGAGCUUCUCAGCUCUCUCAGAGAGCUUUCACACUUGUGUGUCUUGUGUCACGCUCAUCUCUCGUCAUCAUCACGUACGUUCAUUCAUCGGGCCAGAGCAGGAGCGUUCCUGGAGAUCCACCCAUCUCUGUGGUUCUCAUAACUGCUUCAGGACAGAGAACGCAGUGCUGAGAGGUCCUGAGACUCGAGUCAGAUUAAACCACCCUUGUUCCCACCAGGGUGAUGUGCCACUGACAGGAGUGAGAGGGGGAUGAUCCUUUGCAGAAAGAAGAGCUUGGAGAUGUUCUUCAGUUCACUUGAUGCCAAGUGAGAGGUGAAGUAUGUCUCCCGGAGCCAGGCUGGAGGACAUGACAGGAGCUUUUAUUAACGACGGAGGGCCAGCAGGAGUUCUCUCUUUGAAGAAGCUCCAGCUUCGGAAAAAUGUUAGCUUUCUAGAGAAAACCCCCUUGGCCAAGGCCAUGUCAGACUAGUAAGUCAUGUCUACAGAGGAGAUUAACAGGCCAUAACAUCAGGCUUUUUGUAUAGUUUGUCUAUGUGUGUGUGUGUGUGCAAGAGAAAGAUGUGUUAUUUUGUGGGUGAUUAUAUGAAUGCUUGUGUGUGUGUGUGUGUGUGUGUGUGUGUGUGUGAAGUGUUUCAUAAUAUCUGUAUAUUGCACCCAGGGUCCUAAUGUAGCUCUGGUGUGGUGGUUCAUGGUUCAGUAAGAAGUUUUACUGCCUGCCAAGAGCUCUUUCCUACAUAAAAAAAGGGUGUCAACCAUUGUGUCAAACAGACUUUAAACUACACCCAUACUGCUUAGCUGUUAUAAUUUUGAAAAAUAUUUAUUGAAUUCUCCCCAAUUGCCUGAACAAUUGUUAGGCACACAGAGAAUAACUCUGAGAAAAAUAAUACACGUCAUACAACGGUGUAGACCCAAGACAGAGUUGUCUUUGAAAAUAGCACACUUGCUUCGGAAAAAAAUAAUCACGUCAGUUUGCAGUAGGUAGCAUAGCCAUCAACGUAUAUGUCCAGGAGGGAGCCAAGUUCCUCCAUACAAUGUUUGCAGUUCGAGAUGGGACCCACAAGGCAGGUCCAUCAAUCAUCCUUACUGCUUCUUAUAGAGCAACGCCUUGCUCUCCAUUUCAAAAGGGUGUCGACGUGGCUGUGCUGUAGGCCCCGUUUAGCUCACGACUCUGUAGAUCUGUGAAUUUAUGGCGGAGGCGUUUUGCCAAAGAACAAGCCAUGGUGCCAACAAUUUCCCAAACAGCUAAAUUUUCUCUCUCUCUCGCUUUCUCAUGGGACCUUUUGUGGUUCACUUAAGUAUUUGGGCUCAAACCAGAUGUCCUGAUUGUGUAUAAUAUUGGAAGGUGCUGCUAACUACAGUGUGGUAGAUGGACCAGUGCAGGAGCUAUUGAGAACAUCUGCCAUGCAUUUCUUGUGACAUUUGAAAUGGGGGCAUUUGCUCUUCAGCCAUUAGCAGGCUCAGGAUUACUGGCACUCAGUAUUGUAAAUAACAGUAGUAGUAUUGGUGAGCUAAAGUUACACGAUACAUAGCACCACUAUUUUGAAGAGUGAAACUACACCCUUGGUAGCGUAAUAGUUUUACAGACUGUUGGAAAAGUCUUUAUGGAAGAUGAAGCCCACAUAACUUCAUCAUGUCCCAUUUCUUCUUCUUAGAGCAUCUGUCACAGUUGUCUCUUAUCAGUGUUUGUUUUCUCUUAGUAAAAAGUUUGAACUAUGAAAAUAUGGUUUAGCUAUUAAUUAUACAUAACGAAUCCUUCGAGAGACUUCACAGUAAUUUAUUCUUACACUGUAAAGUUUUGCGAGCCUUACUACUGCUAAGAAAGCUUGUGUUGUCGGUGCAGUUCAUGGCUUUAAGAAGCAUACAAAAAGAUUGUAAUGACCUUUGUGUUUAAGUGUGCUUGUGUUGUCAGUGCUUUUUGGAUUUCUGUGUGUAAUGUGACAUGUAUAUAAGUUUGUGUGAUUUGGCAAAUAAUAGUUUGUGCUUAUUUGUUUUAGUACAUCAGAGGGCGUGAUGAAAUUUGCCUUUAAAUUUAAAGGGAUAUUGUGUACACCACAAAAACAUUAGAUAAGGGACUUACAAUCUAAUUUGGAACAAGAGUAAAUCAGACAUCAUGUCCUUUGACUAAAUGCUAAGUAGGAAACUUGCGGUGUGACUUGCGGUGUUCAUGUGUUGUUUAUUACAAAAGCACUUUAUGUUUUUAUUCUCUUUAACCUAGCUCUUACUUGGUUUUAACUUGAUGGUGAAAGAGGUUAUCAGACCUGUAAUGCUAAAAAUAUAAAAGUGAAUGAUAACGUUUUCAAAUGUAUUAACAUUGAAUGGGAGAUGCCAGACAGCUUGGUCUGUUUUUGUAUGUAGGACUAAAGCGGUGCCACACACCACCUGUAAAUACUGUAAAUUAUUUAUUGAAGAAAAAAUAAAGUGUCAUGUUGAUA